AUUAAACGCACGGUGUAGACAUACAGUCGCAUCCCGCCGUUCGUCACAAGUUUGUUUUUUUCGAAACCACACCAUCAAGAGGAAGUGUGAAAAAGAUUUCACGUCCGUGGGAUUCUGUUGUAUCUGUUCAUGUUAUGUAUAAGUUAUAAGAACCAGUCUACCGAGGAUUGCGGCCAGCUUAAGCUUAUCGUUUAGACAGUUUCGUUUUCAUGUUAAAAUGGAAUACACGGAUCUCAGUCCAGCGAGUCUUGUAUACUGAACGGUCUUAGUGCCAUCACGGAGUUAUUAACUGUAAGCAUAGACAUUAUAAUCACCAGAGAUGUGAUCUCGUCCCAUGGCAAAGAUGCUGUCUCCUGUUUCCUUGAUGCAUCCUGUAACCUCAAGGAACAAUCUGUCUGAGUUGCCAUUUCUACAGAAAUACUGAUCAGUGUCUCAGACCAUCAAGGUUCGUGUAUACACACCGUGCUGCGUUGUUCGCCUAUUCAGUUCUACUCGUCCAUUUUUCCCCUUCUCACAAUUUUUCAUUCUGCAGCGGGAUAUCUCUAAAGUCUCUAUGUUACUUCUGUGAUUAAUCUCGCUACAAAGAAAACGGCUGGAGAUUAUGGAUGUAUAAAGUAACCCCAUAAUGAUGUCAUUCGCUUCCUUGUUUUGGAAGAUUAUCCCUACACGAGGUUCAAUUCACCAUAAAAGCUGGAUUAACCCGCCCGAUUGUUAACGACUCGCCGUAAGCACGACGGCAACGAAGAGAAGCCGGAAAUAAAGGACAAGUUAGUGUGGAGCGUGUUGUCCCUCAUCUUUUAGUUGUGUUCGUAUCAGACAAAAAUCAACGAAUGUGCCGUGAGGAAAAACCGUAUAGUCGAAUAGUGUGCAUGGUCUGUCACACUCUGUGCCAUAGCAAGAAUGGCGAAGUUAAAGAAAUCUGGCAAACUGUCGAAGACUAAGUUUGGAGGAUCGACUUCUAGUUUGAGUUUAGGCAGAGACAAGGAACUCUUGCCAAAUGAAGGGGUUUGGACGCGCCAAGAGACAGCAACCAUGUUGGCAAGUCAGAGCUUAGAUUCCCUAACCGCUGUCUCCGACCUGGCUCACAGUAACUCCGAAAGCCACAACUACGACAAGAAUCCGUCCAGACGAUCUUCACGUCACGAACAAGAAGAUAGACCCAGUAACGUCAGAUCGCAUUGGGAUGGGGCAGAAUAUGAUGACGUCAUUACACCAGAAUCAGGAGGGGAACAGUAUUGGUCUCAAGGAGAUAGAUUAGUAGGGUCAUCCAGCUCAGGGAAAAAUAGAUUAAAACCUUCUAAGCAUAUCAUCGAGAGAAAGUUUCGAAUUCUCCUGAGUACCAUGCCGCUGGAACCUGAACAAAUACAGAGAAUGGAGUCCAUGGAAUCGGGUGAUAAGUGGAGGAUGAUUUGUGAGCAGCCUUCUGUUCCCAGCCUCCAUAGUCCUAAAUUUUAUAUCGACCAGCUUCGAGCUCACAUGAACCCCAACGUUCACAGUCUGAAGAAAGUGCCCAAGAAACUUAUCAAGGACCUACUUCCAACACGAAGUAUACUGGCGGAUCUGAAAGAGGAUCUGAAGGCUUAUAACACAGAAUUUAUGAAAGAAUUCAUCUCAGAGACUCUGAACGGUGCAGAGGUAUUGUGUCGAUUCAUACGAGACACACAGAAUCUCCUGAUAGAUAAACAACGACUAGCCAACAGUACGUCGGCUGAGAAACAGUCCACAAUCCAGAAGAAACAGAAAUACUUUGAAACACUCAAAAGGGAACAGGUGGAUGAAUCAGAUGCCCUCUUCUGUUUGAAAUGUAUAGCAUCGAAUGAGAAAGGGAGACACAUCAUCAACACGGGUCCAGACAUACUGGAGACAAUAUCGUUUUGCAUUAUCAGCAGAUCGUUAGCAUCCAGGCUCAAUGCCUUCAAGAUUCUUACCUACGCUUGCGAGGCGAGAGACGGCCAUGACAGGGUUCUGAAUGUCUUUAACUUCCUCCGGAUCAAGAUUAAGGAGAAGGUUCGAUUCCAUGCCUUGUCGCAGAUGCUAAAAGUGGAAAGGUUACGCACAGAACUUGUGGUGGCUUGUCUGAAGUUUAUCAACAAACUACUGAACACAACACGGAACCUCAACCGACGAGUAUACUUGCAGUACGAGUUGGAACUUGCUGAGUUUGAUGCCAUUGAAUUAGAAAAGUCAUACCAUGGCGACCUUCCUCAGCCAAUCAAAGCCGAGCUUGACGAAUGGCACGAUCAUUUCAUUAGUAUACAGGGUCUCCAAGACAACUUGGCAGAAAUUCAAGAAAGAAAUGACCUGCUCAGAAGAGAGGUUGAUCUGCAACAAGAAAAGAUUAGGGAAUAUACAGCAAGCAAGACGGAACUUCAGCAAAAAUUACAGGAGGUUGACGGAAAAUCUCAAGAAUAUAGAGAGCGAGUCGUGGAGCUGCAAGACACUCUGGAGCACAUUAGGAAAGUGUACAGGCAACAAACAGGGCAAGACCUCGAGACGCGACUCAAGUCCUACCAACUCUUGAUGAAACCAUUAGACCUAGAUCAAUCAGAACCAUCACUAAGCAGCCAGGAUUCUUCCGAAGCACCGAGUACAGGCAGUGUUACUCCCAUCGUGUCAGCGGUUGAACUGAACGAACAGCCCCGCUCACACAUAGGAAAUAGAGUGGAUAGCACCGCAUCAACUGCAGCCAUCAAGACAACAGGAGGAGGGGGAUCACCAAGUAGAACAGCUGCAGUUUCGUCAAAGAUAGUCAAGGAUUCAUCCCUUCAUCUUCCGAUCCAGCCUGUCACCGACCAAGCCCCAUCCGUGCCAGCGGCACCCAGUCCGCCAACGCCCGGUAUGCCUACCCCACCGCCUGCUCCUCCAAUGUUCGGCCAAACAGAUUCAAGAAGAAAAAGAAGAAUAAUUUCGAGCGCACCAAUGCCUAUGUUGAACUGGGUCACACUUUACCCAGUCACGAACACCAUAUUCAAGACCAUAGAUGAUGAGCGGGUUUUGAAUGAACUAGACUUCACUGACUUCGAGCGGAACUUCCGUCUGCGAGAGAGCAAGUACAACACGGCUGGCAUGGAGAGGGUGAGACGGCUGCAAGAGAGACUAGCAGAAAAGAUCACAGUGAUUGAGACCAACAGAGCUAGGAAUUUGGUAAUUACAAAGAGAAGGAUUGGGUUAUCGACUAAGGCAAUCAAAGACGCCAUAGACAAAUGUGACACCAGCUUAGUUGCCGGAGAAUUUGCGGAACUGCUUCUCAAGUUUCUACCGACAAAGGAAGAGCUGAAGUCUCUCGCCAAACAUGCGGACGAUUAUGAAGGAAUGGGCGAAGCGGAGCAGUUUAUGUUUCAGAUGGCGCGAGUGGACCGGUAUGAAUCCAAACUUCGUCUCAUGGCUUUCAUGGGCAUUUACAAAGAGCUUAUCGACUCACUCCAACCCGACAUGACUGCUAUCGUCAAAGCUGCAGAGAGCAUCAUGAAAAGCAAGAAACUGAAAAAGUUGUUUGAGAUUAUUUUGGCAUUUGGUAACUACAUGAAUAGCAGUAGAAGAGGUACAGCAAGCGGCUUUCGAUUGGAGACGUUAGACAAUUUGACCUUUGUCAAAGCUGCGGAUAGAUCGCAUAACUUCCUGAAUUAUCUCGCCGAGACGGUCAGGCGAUGCUACCCUGAAGUUCACAACUGGUAUGAAGACCUGCUUCUGGAUCAAGUCAAAAGUUCAUCAUUGGAAUCUCUGACCAUGGACAUUCACGGGCUUCGGAAAGGACUUGAACUGGCCAAAUCUGAGAGAGAUCGUCAGCAGAACAACCCAAUCAUUGACGAGUUCUACAAGGCUUCUUCUGACAAAGUUUAUGAACUCUCCGAACGGUUUAAGAUCAUGGAAGACACCUACAAGCACCUGUGUACGCUUUUCGGUGUCAAACAUAAAGAAAUGGAACCCAGUGAAUUCUUCAAAGUUUUUACUCAGUUUGGUAUCGAAUACAAGAAAGCAGCAAAGGAGAAUUUGGAUCGUCCGAUCAGGGCCAACCCUGCCAGGAAACAGACCGUCAAUGCCACGCGCCAGGUCUCGGCCGAAGAGGUCACCGCGCAGGCGCAACAGAAGCCGCAAAAGUCCAAGCUGUUCUUCAGCCGAGGGAGUAGUAAGUCUAAAUCCAGCAAUUCCAACUCUGUAGAUAUUGCCAAACGAUCGUCGCCCACCAAGCUGUCCUCACCAGCUUCCAGUGACUCUGGGGUCUUUCUGACCGCGACGCCGGAGAUGGAGCGGGACUUGGACUCCAUCCCAUACGCCCCGACUUACCAGAACGGACACGCUGACAUACACGGGAACAACAACGACGAGAAGACGGCCGUAAUGAAUGGUGUAGUCCUGCUGGGACAGCGACCGUUUAAUGUAAAUAACAACAGUGAUAGCUAUGCAGGUAUGGCUGAAGAUGACGGGUAUUAUAACACGGACCCACUACUUGAUGAAGCUUCACCAUCAGGAACAAAUCCUGUUUACUCUGCUACCAUCGCUACACUUGAUCGUGCCAAACCUGAAAGCCACACGUAUAGGUUUUAACUACAAAUUUGGAACUCCAAGCUUACUUCAGGUAAAACCUGAGUCUGCUUACUAGUCUCGUCUUUCAGACUGAGACCUUGGUAGUUGCACUGUGAUUAAUGAAUAAAACCUGAUGAAUUUAGACUGUAAUUUGUUGUGAGUAUAUCUACAGACUGCUGAUUCGAGCUUUUGGAAAAUGAGACUACAUUAAUCCCCCCCCCCCGAUCAAGAGUUAAGUUACCAGUUCUGCCAGAAAAUGCUCGUGGUGUCUAAGGAGGUCAUUUUGCUCCAGUUUAGUAUUUGAUCGUUUGUAAUUACACUCUUCAAGCUUAGUGAGAAUGUACUGGAUACCCUAUGGACAUGAUGGAUGGGGGUAACAAAAAAUGUGGCUAAUUAAGCGCAACAUUUGCGAAUCGGCACGAUUGGAAGAAGCUGUAAUGAUAGAAUUACAUUAUUGUUUGUAAAUUCUAAUGCAGCUGAUGGAGUACAAUUGUAAUGCCGUAUGCAUAUGGACAUGCUUUAAAAAGUUCUGUCUCACGGUGCACGUUAAUACAGAAAGUGCAUUCUAUAAUUGGCUGGCCAAUGUCCUUUGGACAAAAGAUUGGUUUUUGUUUUCUGUUGACUGUUUUUGUUUUACUGAUUUUCUGCAGAAAAACAAAAGGUGUCAUAAGCAACGUGCAUAAAAUGGUAUAACGUUAUGCGUUUAAUAUGCGUAAUGAUUAGAUAUUGGUAGCGUAAACCGUGUCACGUUCUUAAAAGGUUACAGUCAGUCAACUCAGAUGUUAAGUUUUCGCUGGAUUUCUAGAUCGAUUGUUAAUAGAGUGUUGAGAUGGCUGCGGAUCACAGGGUUGCAAGCAAAUUAUUAGAAAGUGAAAAGGUGUAUUCGUUUGAAAAAAGAAAAUUUGGAAUGUCAAGAUGGAUUCUAGCCUAUAACAUUCAAUUUGACUGGUGUGACUGUGAAAGGACAUCCCCCAUAGAGCCUUUGGGAGAUGGUAAAGAGAGGCGAAUUUUUCUGAUGCUUGUAAUUUUCUUCUCCAGAAAUUAUAAAAACUCCCACUCCUUAGAAAUGCCAUCAACGAUUACAUACUAAUGUUUGGACCCCCAAAUAAGUUCCCGCCCCUCAAAUACUUGGUUCUGGAUACGUCCUUGUGGAUGCGUAGCUCGUAGGUUGGCUCUUUUCGUAGAAAAAAACUACAACUGUACAAAGUUAUGUCUUUAAAUAUAUCUACGUCGAAGGAUCACCUUAAACAAUCACAUCAAGUGUAUAAACAAAAUAUCUGUUACGUACAAUUUUAACUCAUUUUACCUGAGUACCUGGUUUUCAUUUUUCGUAAAUAUACAUUUUCAUUUAGGAAGACAAAUCGCAGAAAAACCUAAAUCUUUAACCAUAAUGAUCUGUGAAAGAUUUUAAGUAACCAAAGUCAAUACUGUUCAAGAAUCUUCGGCAAGAAGUGUCUUUAUUUACCGUACAAAAUAAUAAGCUUGUUCGACAUUUCAACGCAGACUCAUCAAACUGAACAAAAGGGCCGUGAACGCCUGCUCCAAAAUAUUCGGCCUGUGCGUUGACAUGCGCACUCUACAGCCUUGCUGUAAGGGCGAUCUCGCACGUGUGCGAGUUGAUUCCGUUAGAUCGACCUGUAAAGCACUUUAUUUCACCAUUGAGCCGUGAGAGAACUACAUCUUUAUUUUUGUCCAAUGAAAGAAAUAAUUCUGUAAUUGUGCUUUAUUUUCAUUUAAAUGAGGCUGAGCAGUCACUGAACGAAACCGUCGACCAUGGCCAGAUUAUUAACAAUGUAUUUGCCCUUCGGUUAAGACAUAGUGUAACAGUCACUUUAAAUUACCAAGCUAAGUAUGGCACAGUAUUCUACCCAGUUUUCAUUGUAGUAUACCUUGAUAAUUCUUUUGCACUUGUUCAUUUUGAGGAUGGUUGUCGCAAAAUUGUAUAUAAGAUAUGUGUACAUGUGUAUUUAUUUUCCGAAGUCGUAAUUCCUGUACAUUUCGUGAAAUUUCCAAUUGUUACAAGUUUAUUAUACGGAAAUGUAAAUUUGCCACGUGGAUAAAGGAACAAAUAAAAUUCGAUCAUAAGCUAAACA